AUGAUCCAGCUCCAGACCACAGCCGUGAAGGAGAACACGGCUUUGGGCCAGCGCCUGGAUUUCGACAUCAGGACCUUAACGAAGGAGAUCGCAGCGAACAAGGCCACAUUGUCGACAGCAGAGGCCUUGCGAAAGGAUCAGCACGAUUCCUUCACCAAGGACGAGACGUCCCUGAAAGAAAACAUCGAAGCAGUCUCGGCGGCAGUGGCCGCAUUUUCGGUGUCGGGAAGCUCUCUCCUGCAGUCCGAAAGCACUAUGGCCAGGCUGAGGCUCGUGGUGCACAGCAACUACGACAAGAUCCGGGCAAAGACGAGCCGAGCUGAGCGGAUGCUUCUGGACGACUUUUUGAAGGAUCCGAGCCAGUUCACCAAGGGCCCGGGCUUCCUCCAGAAAAAGGAAAACGCCGAGGCGGAAGGCCCUGUGGAUACGGUGGUGGGCCUUCUCCAGGCCAUGGUUGGCGACUUUCAGCGUGACCUGCAGGAAGAGCAGGAAGAGGACGCCAAGCUGGAGAAGAGCUACCAGGCCCUGGUGGCCGCCAAGACGGGCGAGGUGACCGCUGCGGAGGAUCAGGUGUCCACCAAGGCACGACCGGUGGGAGGAAUUCCAGUGCCAGCUCUCCUGAUGGCACAGCCCGUGCUCCCCGCACCGCACCCUGCAGAUGUGCCCCAAAAGGCCGGCACCGCAAGCACAGCGGGAACAUCAGAGCUGCCAACGUGGACGAAGGCUUCCGCGCCUGUCGCCUCGCCGGUGAAGACGGAGGCGGAGUCGAAGGCCAUCGAGGCAGCGCCAGAGAAGGCCGAGAAAGUCCAGGAGCAAGUGGGAUGCAUGCAAGUCGAGAAGGAAGAGCUCUCUGAGGACAUGCAGCGGAAGCUCCAGGAGUGGUGGCAGCGCAUCCAGGCCAGGGCCAAGCCGGGGCCCGAGGAAAAGGCGCAGCGAAGAACUCGGGAGCGAGCCCGGCUGAAGGCCGACCUGGCUCGCGACGAGCUCGAGGAGAGCUCCCGGCGCCGAGCGGCCUCCAAGCAGCUGCGCCAGGACGAGGCUUUUCUCCGUUGCAUGGCCGGCGGACGUCUUCUCGCCUUGGACCUCACUGCAAAUCUCCGGGACUGCCGAAUGCUGGCGAGCGUGGGGUCUUCUGAUGCCCUUAGAGAAGCCCUGGCUGAACUGCUGCUGACAAUGCGCCGAGCUCGUGGCCUGUGUGUGCGGCUGCAUGAGGAUCAGCGUGAACUACAACAGGAUUUCGCGAGCAAGUGCGAGCGGGAGGAGGAAGUGAGCCGGCAGCGGCGACUUGGUCUCCUCCGACGCCUGGCGAAGCUGGAGGAAGCAGAAGAGGAG